AUGGCAACCAACGUCGAGGAAGCCGAAACCACGAUUCUGUGUACCAGUAAACAAACUCGGUUCGACAUUAAAAACCCCGUAUACCAAGAGCUCGAUAUCGAAGGAUUGAAUAUUACCGUGACAUCUGGUCCUAGCAAGUCGGCUGUAAAGCCGAAAGGAAAGGCUAGAGCUGAUGGACUGGAACUUCUUUCGAACGCGACGCUGAAACUGAAAGCUGGUGUUCAUUACGCACUAAUUGGGAGAAACGGUACUGGGAAAUCGACGAUCUUGAAAGCGGUGGCACAGAAACUGAUCCCCGGUAUUCCAAUACCAACACGGAUCUCAAUCCUCCAACAGACUGAUGCAGACAAAGCUGCUGCUGGCGAUGGAUCUGUGAGCAGUAUUGCGACUUCCACAGCAAAAUUAUCGGUACUUGAGCAAGUAAUUGACAAUGCAACUUCAAGGAACGAGAUUCAAAGAGAAAUUGAUGUUCUAUCUGCAGCGAUUGAGGGGCAAACCUCGACUUUAGCAGCACUGCGUGCCUUUAGACAGUUGCACCAUGAUCGGAUGAAGAGAGAGCUCUUUAUCUUAGACAAAGAUGCACGUUUAAGAAGUGGGACGAGAGGCAUGGCAGCCCGUAAAGCACUUACAGCGUUCGAAAAGAAAAUUGCAGAGUCUGCAGAAAGGCUAGCAGAGAAAGAUGAAGAUCUAACUGAGGAAGUAAUACAAGAAGAAACUCAAGCUGCGAGUGACCUUCUUGUCGAACUGCAAUCACAAGUGGAACCCGCAAGGAUUGCAGAUAUCGAAACGAGAGCUAGGAAUAUUCUUACAGGUCUCGGAUUCCCCAAAGCCAAUUUCGACAAACACGUUUCGACACUCUCAGGUGGAUGGCGCAUGCGAACGAAUCUCGCAAGUGUAUUGCUCCAGCCAGCUGAUAUACUAAUUCUCGACGAGCCAACUAACUUUCUUGAUCUGCUUGGUAUCAUAUGGCUGGAAAAGUAUCUCAUUCAACUUAGGGAUUCUGCUUCAAAUCCGCCAACUGUAGUUUUGGUAUCCCACGAUCGAGAUUUCGUCAAUGCAGUAUGUCAGGAACUCAUCAUACUCCGUGAUCAGGAACUGGCUUAUUUUCGUGGCGACCUCCUUCAAUAUGACAAAUCCAUCAAAGAUAAACAGCUCUAUCUAGGACGUAUGAAAGACGCCCAGGAAAAACAGAAGUCACACAUGCAAAACACCAUCCAACAAAACAUCAAGCAGGGAAAAGCAGCAGGUGAUGACAACAAACUUCGACAAGCCAAAUCUCGCCAAAAGAAACUCGACAAUCGAAUGGGAAUGGAGAAAAGUGCUAAUGGAGGGCGAUUCAAACUAAACCGCGAUCUCACAGGCUUUCAUACUACCGCAAGAGCAGAGAUCGAGAUUCCACAAGACGAGAAAGGCGUCUCCAUCACCCUCCCACAAGCACCUGACCUCCGCUUUCCAGGCCCCUUGAUCUCCCUCGAAAAAGUAACAUUCAAAUAUCCCUCCCCCAAAAAGACCACGCCUCCAGCCCCAGCAAUCCUCACCGACAUCGACCUCACCAUUCACACGGGCGACCGAAUCGGUCUCAUAGGCCUAAACGGCAGUGGGAAAUCAACCCUCAUCAAACUCCUAACAGAUACGACGAAACCCACCAAAGGGACUGUGACACGCCAUCCGCGGCUACGAAUGGGCUAUUACUCACAACACGCCGUCGAAGAACUCCAACUCCUCGGCAUGGCCGAGCACGAACUCACUGCGCUCGCUUUACUCACACAGGACAUCAACGAUUCCACCGACGGCGAGGAUAAACUCGACGAAGGCGAGAUCCGCGGCUUACUCGGCGCUCUUGGACUGCCUGGCCGCACCGCCAGUGACGUUCCACUGCGGAAACUGAGCGGUGGACAGCUAGUCCGUCUUGCGCUUGCGAGACUGCUGUGGAAAACUCCGCAGUUGCUUGUGCUGGAUGAGAUUACGACGCAUCUUGAUUUUUAUACUGUGACUGCGUUGGCAGAGGCGUUGAGUACGUGGAAUGGGGCCGUGGUGGUGGUUAGUCAUGAUCGGUUUUUGGUGAGGAGGGUGGUGGAGGGGGUUAGGGGGGAGGAGGAGAGUGAAGAUGGGGAGGAGGAGGAGGAGGAGGGGAGGAGGAGGGUUGUGUAUUUGUUGAAGGGUGGGGGGUGA